UAGCUACUGGCAGCGUCGGUAGGAAAUCCGAGUACGGAAAUGAGAGAGAGAGAGUGAGAGAGUCAGAUAGAGAGAUGGCACAAGCCUUAGAACUUCCCUGUAUCGACUUAUCCUCUCCAGAUCGAAUCUCGACCGCCGAAUCGAUCCGUCAGGCAUGUUUGGACUAUGGCUUCUUCUACCUCGUAAAUCAUGGUAUAGAGGAUGAGAUGCUUAAGCAAGUUUUUGAUGAGAGCAGGAAGUUCUUCUCAAUGCCUUUGCAAAAGAAGAUGAGGCUUGCACGUAGUAAGGAACACAGAGGCUAUACAGCCUUGUAUUCUGAGACCCUUGAUCCUUCAAUACAAUCCAAAGGGGAUUUGAAAGAGAGUUUCUACAUUGGUCCCAUGGAAGGUGGUAACUUGAAUCAGUGGCCUUCUGAAGGUAUCGUUUACUCUUAUCCAAAUCAUCAUCCGUGGUUAUCACGAAUAUGGGAAAGUCUAGGAGUUUUGCCACAUUGGAGAGCUACAAUGGAAUCAUAUCAUGAGAAGAUCCUGGCUGUGGGGAAAAGGUUACUCUCUUUGAUUGCUUUGGCUUUGAACUUGGAUGAAAGCUUCUUUGAGCAAGUGGGUGCACCCAUGGGAUGGGUCCGUCUUCUACACUAUCCAGGAGAACUAGCUGUUUCAGAUACUGGAACUUAUGGCGCAUCUGCUCAUUCAGAUUAUGGAAUGAUCACACUUCUAGCUACUGAUGGGGUCCAAGGACUUCAGAUCUGUAGGGAAAAGGAUAAGGUACCACGAGUAUGGGAAGAUGUGCCUCAUGCCAAUGGGGCUUUCAUUGUUAACAUUGGGGAUAUGUUGGAGAGGUGGACUAAUUGCUUGUUUAGGUCAACAUUGCACAGAGUCAUAGCAACUGGACAAGAACGCUAUUCUGUGGCCUUCUUCUUGGAUCCAAACUCAGAUUGCAUGGUUGAAUGCUUAGAAAGCUGCUGCAGCGAGGCAUGCCCUCCAAAAUUUCCUCCUAUACGCAGUGGAGACUAUUUGCAAGAGCGUUUAAGGCUUACAUAUGCUCUAAAAGGAUGACAGAAGUAGGGGAUUGGCAAUUACUGAUUGGCAGUGUGAUCAGGUCAGGUACUCAUCUCAAUUAGUGCUGGGGCUAGACUUCUAUGUGGGUUUGCUUCUGUCUUUUUAAAUGAUUGUGACUCAUCGACCGCACACAUGGCUUACAUAACUGUUCAACUAGAAGGGCCCAUGUGCAUGGAACAUAGACUGAAACUUGCAUUGAUUGUGUGAUCAUAAUAACCACAUUUCUAGCUAUCAAAUUGGAUGGUGAAAAGUAGAACGGUUAUCUGUCUAACUUCAAGGGAUAAAGGCUAAUUAGGAUUCUUCUAUCAAUAUGAUAUUCCUUCAUCACCAUGAGACCCAUGAUUUUGAUGGUUUGGAUGUGGAUGUUCACCACCAUUUGGAAAACAGUUGUGAAAUAUAUCCAUCAUGUACUCAUUGUGUGAAUGUGAAAUGACUAAGAGAGAAUCUAUUUUAUGUCAGCA